UGUCACGUCCAGGAAGUAAAUGGCAAUCCGCUCAAGUCGUUAUCAACAAAUAUGUCAGCAACUGUGGGUAGAAAGGGGUGGUACUCUCGUUGAUUUACCAUAAUGGCACCUAUUGUGGUGCUGGCGGACAUCAGUUCAAACCUAACGGAUGACUGCCUGGGCAUCGACUAUCUCCUCCCAAAUGGAAUUCUCAUUCCUAUCAAAACAAGUUUCUACAAGCCGUUUGAAAUCAUCAAACAGGAGUUAUGGAAUGAGGCAGAGAAGUUUCCCCUGUUCAGGCUGUUGAAGAGGUCAGACAACUACUGCUUUGUGUGUGUCAACAUCAGUGGAGAGCGGGAGGAAAUACUGGAUGAGAGUCAGUGUCUGCAUGAUAUACGUCCAUACAGCGCCUUCCUGAAACUGGUAGAGAGAGAGGGUGAUGAGAGACACAAGACCCUCGUCAGAAACAUCAACAGUCUCAUUGGGAAAGAUCCACAGAAUGUGGAGGCAUGGCAAUCGGCGGAAGUGGCAGACUUUCGGUCCACGAUGAGACAGAUGUGUGAGAAGAUUGUUCAAGACAGGAAUGAUAUGGGAUGGUUUCAAGCACUGAUGUACAAGUUCCCUCCUCGUCUGCGGAGCAGAGCAGACCUGCCAGGAAAGAUCGACGAAAAACUCAACAACAAUAUCAUGGUAGAAGUCAACAUUGAAGAGUCCAAGAGCACAUUCACAAUCCGUCUGUCUGGCAUGUGUAAACCUUCCGAACUGAUCCAAUUGGUGCUGGUGAAGCUGUCUCGCUCCGGGAACCUUGUGGAUGAACCGGAACAAUACCUCCUCAAGUCUUUCGGUAUUGAGGAGUACAUAUAUGGCAGGAAGUUUCCACUUCAACAAUAUAAGUAUGUGUACCAGUGCCUCGUGAAGAACACUGCCCCCCAGUUCAUGCUGGUUGCCAGGGAAACUGUGAUAGAUCCAAAACCUGCUGUUCCUCCUCGUAAAGGUAGCAUAGCUAGCUACUCCCAGAUUCCCUCCGACCGUCGUGGCGACGACAUCUGUGUGUGGGACUUGAAGGAGAGGUACUAUUUCACUGUCCGGGGCAUCAGCAAAGUCCAACUCCCUGAUGGCGCCAAGGUGAAGCUCUUCAUGGGCCUGUAUCAUGGAAGCGAGGCUCUGUGCAGCAUCAAGACCACAGAAGAGAUGGUUGUACAAGAGGGCGUGUGUAACAUGAAGCUUGAUGUGACCUUUGACAUCCCUGCCCGAGACAUUCCCCAGAUGGCUCGUGUCUGCUUCACACUGUGUGCUACGGGGAAGAAGAAGGACCAAACAGCUGUUGCGUGGGUGAAUGUGGCUGUGUUUGACUUCCGCUCACGGCUGACCCGAGGUGACCGGAACCUCCCGAUGUGGCCAUGGACAGAUGAGAUGCAGACUGAAGAAUUCUUGUACCCCAUUGGGUCUGUCACCCCCAAUGCCCAGGGCAACGAGGCUACAACACUUCUCAUCAAGUUCCCUGACUUCAACAUGAAAAACAACAUUCGCUACCCAGCAUUCGACAAGGUGCUUGAAUGUGCUGCCAAAAACAUGGAGCCAAGCGGAGCCCCAGGAUCAGCUAUGAUGAAGGUGAGCAAGUCCCACCUGGAGCAGCUGAUGAUGAUUGUCCAGAGAGACUCCCUCAGCCCACUGUUUGAACAAGACAAGGAGCUGCUGUGGAUGAUGAGGUACGAGUGCUGCCACAAGUUUCCCCAUGCCCUGCCCAAGGUGCUCAGCUCUGUCAAGUGGAACAGUCACAUCGAUGUGGCCAAGAUGAUCGCAGUGCUCCAGACCUGGCCUAAACUGGAUGUGGACUUUGCACUUCAACUCCUGGACUUCAAUUACCCAGACAAAAACAUUCGCAAGUUCGCUGUUAGUUGUCUCGAUAACAAAGACACGUUCAGUGAUGAUGAGUUGUCCCGCUACCUGCUGCAGCUGGUGCAGGCGUUGAAGUACGAGACUCACCUGUGCUGCCCCCUGGUGGAGUUCCUACUCACUAGAGCACUUGGCAACCAGCACAUUGGACAUCAACUCUUCUGGCUGCUCAAGUCGGAGAUGAACAACCCGUACGUGAGCGUACAGUACCGGCUGAUCCUGGAAGUGUACCUGGUGGCGAGCGGCGAACACAUGAUGGCGCUACACAAGCAGCAGGAAGCCCUCGGCAAACUGGACAUCGUCAACGGGUUGAUCAAGAGUGAGCGAUACAACAUGGGCGACCAGAAGUCCCAUGAGCAAGCAAAGAAGGACAUGCAAGCUGUACUCCAACAAAAGACCUACCAGGACAUCCUCUCCAAUCUGUGCAGCCCUCUGUCUCCACUCUUCAGGCUCAGAAGUCUGGCCAUAGACAAGUGCAAGUUCAUGAAGUCAAAGAAGCGGCCGCUGUGGUUGGUGUGGAAGGAUGACCUGGGUCAAGACGUGUCCCUGAUAUACAAGAACGGAGAUGAUCUCCGACAGGACAUGUUGACGCUGCAGAUGCUGGAGAUCAUGGACAACAUUUGGCAGUCAGAAGGCCUUGACCUCAGGAUGAAUGUAUACCGUUGCUUAGCAACAGGUCAAGAACAGGGCGUGAUUGAGGCAGUGGGCCAAUCUCAGACAAUCGCCAAUAUACAGAAAUGGUUCAACAGAGGAGCGUUUGACAAGAAAGCAGUAUUUGAAUGGCUCAAACAUCAUCAUAAGACUCAAGAAUCACUGGACGAAGCUGUGGAGGAGUUCAUCCUCUCGUGUGCAGGGUACUGUGUCGCCACUUAUGUCCUGGGCAUCGGGGACAGACACAACGACAACAUCAUGCUCAAACAGUCAGGACAGUUAUUCCACAUUGAUUUUGGCCAUUUCUUGGGCAACUUCAAGAGCAAGUUUGGCGUGAAGCGAGAGCGUGUCCCCUUCGUCCUUACAACACAUUUCGUAUAUGUCAUUCAGAAAGGCAAGAGCAACAACUCUGAAAACUUCAAAAGGUUCCAGAGCACCUGUGAGAAAGCAUAUCUGAUCCUCAGGAAGAAAGCUCCCCUCCUCUUCUCCCUCUUCCUCAUGAUGCUGUCGUCAGGGAUACCGCAGCUCACCUGCACCAAAGACGUGGACUACCUGCGGGAAACUCUCAAACCAGAUCUCACCGACGAGGAAGCAAAGGCCCACUUCCAGACCAAAUUCCGAGAAGCUUUGGAAAAGAGUUGGACAACGAGCAUCAACUUUUACAUUCAUCUCAUGGCGAACUAGAUGCUGCUAAUUGACAGACUAUCAGUAGUGGUGCUGGUCGUUCUUUGUGAGGAUUCCAGUAUUACAGACUUUUGAUUCCAGUUUUGACAUUAUUUUCUUCUGGUAAUGUCAAGAUAGACUGAAUUAUCACAGGCCGCAAGUCUCACCAAAAAUGUAUAUCUCCCCUCAAAAAUAUGCUGUAUAUUUUUGGAAUGUCACAUUCCUAUGAGAAUAUAGGUGCCCUGUUCAUGAGGUUUCAGUAUCUACACACAUUCCCUGAUAAUUGUUGUUAUAUCCAAGUAAGGAUGUUGGGACCACAAAGAGCACAGAUUUCACUACU